GCUAAUAUAAUAGCAUAUAUAUACUCCGAUCUCAGAAUUGAAGCUCCGAUCCAUCCGUCGACCACCUAUGGCUGCCGCUGCAGCUUUCUCCUCCACUUCCGUCGUCGCUGCUCUCGCGGCGAGCGGCUUCCUCGGCAAGAAGCUCGUCACCAGCAUCAUCAUCAGGAAUAAGAAGAAGGGGUACGACUCCCUGCAUGGCGCCACGACCACCAUCAGAGUCAGAGCCAUGGCGGUGAACAAGGAGACGGAGCAGGACAGGUGGAGGGGCCUGGCCUUGGACACCUCGGACGACCAGCAGGACAUCACCAGGGGGAAGGGCCGCGUGGACCCGCUGUUCCAGGCGCCCAUGGGGGACGGCACCCACGUCGCCGUGCUCAGCUCCUACGACUACAUCAGCCAGGGGCUCAGGCACUACAGCUUGGACAACAUGAUGGAUGGCUACUACAUCGCUCCCGCGUUCAUGGACAAGCUCGUUGUCCACAUCGCCAAGAACUUCAUGCCCCUGCCAAACAUCAAGGUGCCCCUCAUCCUGGGUAUCUGGGGAGGCAAGGGCCAAGGGAAGUCCUUCCAAUGUGAGCUUGUCUUGGCCAAGAUGGGAAUCAACCCCAUCGUUAUGAGCGCCGGCGAGCUGGAGAGCGGCAACGCCGGCGAGCCUGCGAAGCUGAUCCGCCAGCGCUACCGCGAGGCGGCCGACAUGAUCAAGAAGGGCAAGAUGUGCGUGCUGUUCAUCAACGACCUGGACGCCGGCGCGGGGCGGAUGGGCGGCACGACGCAGUACACGGUGAACAACCAGAUGGUGAACGCGACGCUGAUGAACAUCGCCGACAACCCCACCAACGUGCAGCUCCCGGGGAUGUACAACAAGGAGGAGAACCCCCGCGUGCCCAUCAUCGUCACGGGCAACGACUUCUCGACGCUGUAUGCGCCGCUGAUCCGCGACGGGCGCAUGGACAAGUUCUACUGGGCUCCCACCCGCGAGGACCGCGUGGGCGUGUGCAAGGGCAUCUUCCGCAGCGACGGCGUCCCCGACGAGGACGUGGUGAGGCUGGUGGACGCCUUCCCGGGCCAGUCCAUCGACUUCUUCGGCGCCCUCCGCGCCAGGGUGUACGACGACGAGGUGCGGCGGUGGGUGGCCGAGACCGGCGUGGAGAACAUCGCCAGGAGGCUCGUCAACUCCAAGGAGGGCCCGCCCACGUUCGAGCAGCCGAGGAUGACGCUGGACAAGCUCAUGGAGUACGGGCGCAUGCUGGUGGAGGAGCAGGAGAACGUGAAGCGCGUGCAGCUGGCAGACAAGUACCUCAGCGAGGCGGCGCUGGGCGACGCAAACGACGACGACGACUUGUAUGGCAAGGCGGCGCAGCAUGUCCGCGUGCCCGUGCCGGAGGGGUGCACUGACCCCAAGGCCGGCAACUUCGACCCUACCGCCAGGAGCGACGACGGCAGCUGCGUGUACAACUAAUAUAAUUGUCCAAACAAUUUCUGUGGCACGUACUUAAGUUUGAGCCAGGAUACAAACUUUGGCCGCUAAUGGUUGCUGUCGCCGGUCAAGAGGGCGUUGGCU